AUGCGGGGCAUCCAGCAGGAGACCCACCUUGCCGCUCAGGGGGAAAGUUGGGACACAGUGGUCGGCCGCAAGGCCGAGAGGGCCGAGAAGAAGAAGAAGGAGGGGCCACCACCGACACCCGGUGACACAGUGGUGCGAGGGACGCAGCAGGGUGCCAAGGCCGCCCCCCCCCCCCCCCAGAAGCCAGCUGCCUUAGUCGCCGCACAGAAGAGGAAGGUAAUCAAGCCGCCUAAAACAGCGGCCGUCAUCUUGACCUUGGCCCCUGAGGCCAAGGCAACGUACGCUGAGGUGAUGGUGACCGCCCGGGAAAAUGUCAGUCUGAAAACUAUCGGGAUAACCGAGAUUCGAUCUUUGCGGGCAGUAACGGGCGGCCUGGUGUUUGAGAUACCGGGCGAGGAGCGCACGGAGGGAGCAGCCGCGCUAGCCGGCCGCCUUCAGGAGGUGUUCGGAGGCACCGAGGUCCGGGUGUCUCGCCCUGUAAAAAUGGGCGAGAUAAGGAUUUCGGGCCUGGACGACUCGGUGUGCCCAGCUGAGGCUGCGGUAGCUUUGACCGCUGUGGGGGGUUGUGCCCCAGCCGACGUUAAGGUCGGGCAGAUCAGAAUCUCCCCGGCCAGGCUGGGCACUAUCUGA